AUGUCACUUUGCAGUGGAUCAAGAGAGUUGUUGGAAAGUUACGGGAUUCUCAAACCUGCCAACGAGGGAGAGUCGAGCAAUUUCAGUUUUGUGGUGGACCCGGUGUUUAGCCAUUGGUGCAAUUAUGAUCCUGUUUCGCACGCCUCCCAUUAUUUCGUCGGGACACUCCUCAUUGUGAUAUGCAUCAUGAGCAUUACUGGAAACCUGUUGGUAGUCGUGGUCUUCUCCAGGUACCGCAGACUUCGAAGUCCAGCCAAUACGCUAAUAGUAAAUCUAGCUGUGAGUGACAUGUGUAAUGGCUUUCUACACCCGAUGGCAGCGUAUUCGUCUUUUAUGGGAGCUUGGAUGUUCGGAAAAUUAGGGUGUGAACUCUACGCAGCUCUUUGCGGUUUGUUCGGCUUGGUGUCCAUUGUCACCCUCACGGUCAUUGCUGUUGAAAGAUUCAUGGUCAUUUCGGUAAAGCCUUGGUACCGUGGUGUUCUUUUCACACAAGAAAAAGCUAAAUUGGCCAUUCUCUUUAUUUGGGUGUACUGCUUAGUGAUCAUCGUGCCUCCAUUCCUUGGCUGGGGUGCUUUCGUACCUGAAGGAUUCCUCACCAGUUGCUCCUUCGAUUAUCUCUCUCGCUCUGCAACCAACAGAUCUUAUUUCAUAUACAUUUUUAUUUUGGGUUUUACGCUUCCUAUAACGGUCAUUAGCAUUUGUUAUGCUUUCAUCAUUAGAACUAUUCUUCAAAACGAGAAAGACAUGAAAAAGAAUAACGUCAAAAAGGUUUACACCAAGCCAAAAAAGAGGAACGAUUACAAAGCAGCGGAAAUGGUGAUGUUUGUAAUUGCAAUGUUUCUACUCUCUUGGACACCUUAUUCCUUAAUAGCAAUUAUAGGACAGUUCGGUAAUCCUGUAGUUUUAACACCAUGGGUGUCGGUGCUACCUAGUUUAUUUGCCAAAAUGUCCACAAUAUACAACCCAGCUAUAUAUGGGUUGUCGCACAGACAUUUUAGAGCUACUCUUAGAAGGAUAUUCAAGAAGCAGCCCAAUCGCUUUUCCGUAGAGACAGGGACCCAUUUUUGCAGGAACUCUACAAUGAACCGAUCAAAACAUAGGUGCUCAUGUUUGCCCAAUUACGGCUCUGACCAAAUGGAAAGUAGUAGUGCGUCAUGUACUGGAAAAAAACUUUUCUUGGGCGUCGCUGUUUCCAGUAAUUUAGAAAGUAGGAAAAUAAUAUACAUAAAACGAGCACAGAACUGCGUUGAGACGAACUGCAACUGUCCGGAAGAAAAGCCUUCCUGUAAUGAACUGUCAAGGUCAGUAUCUAAACGGUCGGUUGUUUUGACCUUGAAAAGGACGUCUGCUGAUUCGUUGAUUAGAAGUCUCUUGUUCCGGAGCGAGAGUUCCAUUCACCAAAAGUAUCAAACGUGCAUUAACAAGGAUCAAAUAAUUAAAAUACCUACUUCAGUUUGCUUUCGACAGAAUUCUCUCACAAAAACGACAACAUUCGAUACCAUCCCUGUUCUAACAAAUUUAGCAGAAACUGAUCCACUGUGUUGCAUUCCUGUAAAAAGGACUAAAGUGGAAUCUAGUGCGUACCGAGUGGGCUUCAAAUACAGUCGACUACAAUUAACAAAUACAAAUACCUGCAAAGUUAUUAAAAAUAUUUAG